AUGACGAAGCAUAGCAAGAAUAACACCGCGUCGUCAAUCUUCAGCUAUGCAGAAUACAAGAAGUUGGAUUAUGGAACGAGGAGGCAACGUCUCGGAAAUGAAUCGAUGAGACGUUUUGAUGCAUGCGCACUUUGCUUAAACCGUGCUCGCGAGCCAUUGGCUUGCACCGACGGCCAUCUUUUCUGCAAAGAGUGUGUAUACACGGAUCUAUUAACACAGAAGAAAGACAUCAAGCGCCAGAAGGACCGCCUCGAAGCCUUGAAGAAAGAAGCUGAAGAGGAACGUUCUCGUGCACGAGAGGCGGCGAGAGAGAGGGUGUUGAAGGAGUUUGAAAGGGGUCAGCUUGGGCUUGCUGGAGGUUCCGUUGCCAGUUCGAGCAGUAAAGCAGAGUCGAAAACCGACGAACCUCGCGGAACCAAGCGAAAAACGCCGCCCGGGUCUGACGCCGCCUCCGAGUCUACGUCCAAAAUUACACCCUUUUCAUUCUCCACCGACACGGUUCAAAAGUUUGCCCAAGAGGCUGAAGAAGCCGCCUUGAAGCAGAUAGAGCGCGAACAAGCUGAAGCCCUGAAGCACAAACUGCCUGACUUCUGGCUACCGUCACUCACUCCGACGUACACCUCAAGUGGGGUCCCGCAAAGCCUGAGCGAUGUGGAUGUUGGUGUGAAGAAGUUGUCGACCGUCUGUCGGGGUGGUGUGGAGUCCCAUUCAAUCGCGUUGAAGACACUAGUGCCUGUCAAGUUCACGGUGUAUUCGUCCAACUCGGGGUCGAGCUCGACAACGGCCGAGGCGCCGGCGAAGAGCAAAGAUGAGCCGGAAGCGAUGUGCCCAUCGUGCAAGAAACACUUGUCCAACAGCGUCCUUCUGUUCCUAUCGAAGCCAUGCGGACAUGUUACCUGCAAGACCUGUACAGACACCCUCGUCCGACCUGCGAAACAGUGCAUCGUCUGUGAUACUGCCUUGAAGGAGAAGGAUGUUAUCGAGCUUAAACGGGAAGGAACCGGAUUCGCAGGUGGUGGGCUCGCAGAGACCUCCAAGACAGGCAUCGCUUUUCAGGGAUAA